UCCAUCUUCCUCUUCUCACUCAAAAUGGAGCACCGCAUCCCUAUCUUAAUUUCUCUUCUUCUGUUCGUAUUUACAUGUUCUGAUUCUCAGCUUUUCUCCAUAAUGGAUGAGUUACAUGGGACGCUUGUGUACAUCAUCGGGGUGGAGAGACAUGAGCGGCACGACCUGCUCAGCGACGUCGAUCUUGAGAGCUUUCAUCUCUCCUUCCUGCCAAACUCAACGCUCGAUUCAGGCACGCCGCGGUUGCUCUAUUCCUAUCGCCACGUCCUCAGUGGCUUCGCUGCCCGUCUUACUCCCCGGGAGUUGGAGACCAUCAAGUCAAAACCAGGCUUCCACUUUGCACAGCGGAAUCGCUAUUACCCGCUUGCCACAACCUAUACACCAAGGUACCUCGGACUCACAACGAGUAAUGCAUGGGGAUCCACCAUGAUGGGCGAAGGUCUCAUCAUUGGUGUACUUGACACUGGCAUCAAGGCUCGCCAUCCUUCAUUCAAAGACACAAAAAUGCCGCCAGCACCUCGUCCUCCAAAAUGGAAGGGCACUUGUUUUGCAGGCUUUGCAUGCAACAAUAAAAUCAUUGGAGCGAAGGCCUUCUUUAAUGGGACUAACCCUUCCCCACAAGAUACCAAUGGGCAUGGGACCCAUGUUGCAGGCACCGCAGCGGGCAACUUCGUAAAAAAUGCAAAUAUUCUUGGGAUGGCAAAGGGUGAUGCAUCCGGCAUGGCUCCCUUGGCUCAUCUCUCCAUUUACAAAGUUUGCUUUCCGAUAUACGGCUGUGGAUACAGUGAAAUAUAUGCUGCCAUUGAUCAAGCAAUAAAAGAUAGAGUCGACAUAAUCUCGAUGUCAAUUAGUGGUGGGCAUAAUGAUACAUUUUAUUCUGAUGCGGUUGCUCGAGGGUCUCUGGCUGCAAUACGGCAAGGAAUCGUACCUGUCGCAGCGGCCGGAAAUGAUGGGCCAACGACUGGAACACUUAGUCAUAGUGCGCCAUGGGUGCUAACUGUUGGAGCAACGACGACUGAUCGAAGAAUAUCGUCCAUUGUUGAGCUAGGAAAUGGAAAGAAGUUCCUUGGAGAGUCAGCGUACCAUCCAAAGACCUGGGAUUCAACUAUUAUGUAUCCACUUGAGUUUCCUGGCAAGUAUGGUGAUGCGAAUGCUAGUUGUUGCGUGCCUAGUGCAUUGACUAACUUGAACUUGAAAGGUAAAAUCGUGAUAUGUUACGGUUGCGCUGUUUCGGACGAAGAGAGAGGAAAUGCUACAUAUAAUGCUGGUGCAGAGGGUAUGAUUGUAAUGAACCUAGCUAUUCGAGGACUCACCACUUCUUCUCCUGCCCAUGUUCUCCCUGCCACAAAUGUGGGCUACUCGGCCACAACAGAAAUUGUAAACUACUACACAAAUAACAAAGCCACUGCCACUGCUGCCAUACACUUCAAUGGUACCCAAUUUGGAAUUGAACCCUCCCCAGCUGUUGCAUCCUUCUCCUCUCGCGGCCCUAGCAUUAUGAAUGGUGGGAUCAUAAAACCCGACGUGCUCGCACCUGGAGUCAAUAUCCUAGCUGCUUGGCCCACUGAUGUCGGCCCAAACCCCAACCCUCUCGCGACCCACACCUUCAAUUUUGAAAGUGGCACAUCCAUGGCUACACCUCAUGUAUCUGGGAUUGUGGCACUGGUCAAGAGCAAGCACCGAGGGUGGACACCAGCAGAGAUUAUGUCAGCAAUUGUGACAACUGCAAAUGACUCAUGGACUACUGCAGGCGACCUCAUUAAAGACGACACAUCAUACAAUACUGCAGGGAUAUACGCUACAGGUGGUGGGCAGGUGAACCCAAUCAAGGCGAUGGACCCAGGUCUUGUGUUUGGGCACACCUUUAAUAACUACAUUGAAUAUUUAUGUGGCCUUGGAUAUAAUCAGACUGAGAUGACGUGGAUGGUGGGGAGUCGGACUACUUGCACUGGGGUUAAGAAUCUAACAGCGACAGAACUUAAUUACCCAUCUAUUGCAGUAAAUUUGACACAAUUAGCAACGAGUCAAAUUGUGAGAAGGACAGCAAAGAAUGUGGGGGAUCCACGAGAGGAGUACAUGGCUAAGAUUACAGAGCCAACUGGAGUAAGAGUUGAUCUAUCAACUUAUAGACUUAAAUUUACGAGGGUGAAUCAAGAGGAGAGCUAUGAUGUUAAAUUUUUCUUAAAAGGUGCUUAUCCAAGCCAGGGGAGCGAUAUGAUACGAAGGGGAAAAAUUGUUUGGGAUUCAGGCAAACAUUUGGUCACCACACCUAUUGCUGUUAGGUUCGUGUGAUUGAUUAUUAGCUUAGAAAGCCAUGCCUUUCGAUAUAUGUGAUAAUAAGUAUAAAACUUAUUGGAGGGUGAAUAAAAAAUAUUCAUUAGUAAUAUGAAUAAUGCAACAAAAAGGUAUAUUUUCCUAAAUAAAACCAAUUUUUGUUGGUUCAA